AUGAAACCAGCAUCAGGCUUCCGUGGCACAAAGCUCAACAUCGGGCACAUCUGUACGGUCAUUCUCCCGGCCUAUAUCUGCUUCGGUUAUCUCAUGGCUGAGACUUCGGGCAUCGAAACUCGACAGUCAUGGAUACACACUUUCCCCCAGAUGGACACCGUCAAUAUGACUGGCUCCAAGGAAGCAGAAAACUCACGUAUCAAGGGAACAGUAACGGCAAUCUUCAAUUUGGGCUGUCUCUGCAGUGCCCUUAGUUGUAUACUCGUGGGAGGUAUCCUCGGCCGGAAGAGAACGGUCUGGCUGGGUCUCCCCGGUUGGCUGAUUAAAAAGGGCCGCAUUGAUGACGCCCGCAAUGUCCUUGCCAAGCUCCGCGACGAGCCCAUCGACAGCCCCAGUAUCGUUCACCAAAUCGAACAGAAUGAAACGACGCUUCAGGAAACGGGACAGGGGUCGUUCAAGGAUAUCUUUCGAAAUGGACCAGCACGAUUCGCCAACCGCGCCUUCAUCGCUGUUGCGUUACAGAUGGGGCAACAGAUCUGUGGGGCCAAUGCGAUAACUUUCUACCAAUCUACCACAUUCAAAACUUAUCUUGGCAAGAAUGGAACUCUGUCGUUGCUUAUGUCUGCGAUUCUUCCCUAA